CUCUUUUUGUCUAUAUAAAAUAACUACUCAAUCCCUAAGAUCACUUCUCCUUCUUAUUCCAUAUUCGAUCUGCCAUGAUGAUGGUCGACGAAAUCCUCCCUGAUUUUGACUUUUGUGGGUACAGUGGCUGUAGCACCACCACCACCUCGUCAUCCGAGGGUGACCACGCUGCCACGUGGAAUGGAAGUUCGCCGUUGGUUGACUGGGGAUUUUUCUCCGGCGACGAUGAGUUUGGCGAUCUUAUUGAUUCCAUGAUGGAGGGGCAGGCGGCGAACACCACCGUCGGUUUGAGUUUUCCGGCCAUCCCGACGGUGGUGGAGGUGGAGAACGAGGAUCAGGACGAGGACGAGGACGGGGAGUAUAAUAUGGUGGAGGAUACGAAAGGUUUGAGGCUCGUACACCUUCUGAUGGCGGCGGCGGAGGCGCUCACUGGCUUGAAUAAGAGCCGCGAGUUGGCUCGCGUGAUAUUGGUUCGGCUCAAGGAACUGGCUUCCCCUCGCGACGGCUCCAAUAUGGAGCGGCUCGCGGCUUACUUCACCGACGCGCUCCAGGCCUUGCUGGACGGCGCGGGGAGCCUGCACGCCAAGAGUUUCCCGGCGAGCCACGAGCACUCUCACGCCGACGCGCUGGCGGCGUUCCAGCUCUUACAGGACAUGUCUCCCUACGUGAAAUUCGGCCAUUUUACCGCGAAUCAAGCGAUUCUCGAGGCCGUUACGCACGAUCGGCGAGUCCAUAUCGUCGAUUACGAUAUAAUGGAAGGAAUCCAAUGGGCUUCUUUAAUGCAAGCUUUAAUUUCACGAGAAGACGGCCUCCCGGCCCCACAUCUCCGGAUCACCGCAUUGUCACGCGGCGGCGGCGGCGGCUCCAGCCGCCGCUCCUUCUGCUCGAUUCAGGAAACCGGCCGCCGCCUCACCGCCUUCGCGGCGUCGAUCGGCCAGCCGUUUUCGUUCCACCAGUGCCGGCUCGACUCCGACGAGGCGUUCAAGCCGUCGGCGCUGAAAUUGGUCAGGGGAGAAGCCUUGAUUGUAAACUGUAUGCUUCACCUCCCCCAUUUCAGUUACCGGUCGCCGGAUUCCAUCGCGUCCUUCCUCUCCGGCGCGGCGACGCUAAAUCCCCGGCUCGUGACGCUGGUGGAGGAGGCGGCGCCGGCGCCGCCUCCGGACGGCGGGUUCGUGGACCGGUUCAUGGACACUUUACAUCACUACUCUGCCUUAUAUGAUUCACUGGAAGCGGGUUUUCCGAUGCAAGAUCAGGCGCGUACGUUAGUUGAGCGCGUGUUCUUGGGGCCGAAAAUAUCGGUGGCCAUAACGCGGAGUUAUCGGUCUCGGGGAGAGGAAUACGGUUGGUCGUGGGGAGAGUGGGUGCCGGAAAACGCGGGAUUCCGGCCAAAAACCAUAAGCUUUGCGAAUCGUUGUCAGGCGAAAUUGUUGCUGGGGCUGUUUAACGAUGGGUACAGAGUUGAAGAAAUUGGAAACCAUAAACUGGUUUUAGGGUGGAAAUCCAGGCGAAUCCUCUCUGCUUCUGUCUGGACCUCUCCUGAUUCUGAUCUGUGAAUGAAUUCUUUUUUUACUUCUAUUUCAUUUUCACAGUUUGUUUUUGUUCAAUAAUUUCUAACAAAAUCAGUCAGUUAAUGUCCACGAAGUGGGUGUCAAGUGUCUAGUGGACAUGAGAGUUAUCCAUUUUAUCUGGUGUACUGUACCUAUUGCUGCAAAUUGCUUAUCAAGAUUGAUGAAUAAUACAUCACAAAAACCCCA